AUGUAUUUCAGAAAGAGAGGUACCACAGACAAAAUUGGUCUCUGCCUAACAUACGGCCUGAUUACGUAUAUGGGGGCAAUAUCUGGGCCUUUUUUACUGUGGGAUGAACUAAGGGACAGCCCAGUUACUCGCAUGGGUCUGGUGUUUUUAAAUGCAAUGGUAUUUCUUGACAUAUUUUUGCUAAUUUAUGUGAGCACAACGAGAGGGUAUGUGGAGACAGAGGAGUAUGUGCCGGGUGGGAAAUUCUGCUAUGACUGCAAGAAGGCUAAGCCUGAAAGAGCCCACCACUGCUCAAGAUGCAAAACAUGCAUUAACAGAAUGGACCACCACUGUCCUUGGGUUGGCUCUUGCGUGAAUGCAAAUAACUUGGGAAACUUCAUUAAGCUCAUAACCUGCAUAUUUCUGAGUUCUGUUUUGUGCUUAGGUCUCCAUGGGUACGCAUUCCAUAAGAAAGUGCAGGUUUUGCAGGACCCUUUUUCUGUAAGCACAAAGAUCUGCAUGAUUGGGCUGAAUAUAUGCUUGCUUACGCUUAUAUCGUGCGGGGUAUUAUUGAUUCUCAUACGGCAGCUAAGGCUUCUAGCUCGAAAUAUAACGUAUUUAGAGUCCUUGCAGAUAAGAAUUUUGAAAAGACUUGGGGUGGUUGUGCCACAUAACCCGUACGACAAGGGCACACUGCACAACAUAAGAAAUUCACUCGGCGGAAUUAAGGGGUUUCUUUUGUGCCAAGAGCCAGAGGAUGCGCACGAAUUCGGAUACUCCGAAUACUGGCCACCCAUGCGCAUGUCCAAGUCUGUUACAAGCAGCAGGGUGGCAAUUAACACAGACGGCACGCGCAAUGUAGAGUAA